AUGGCCUUCCGAUUUCCUCCUCCACCCUCCUCAAGGCAACCACCCACGACACCGCCUCCAGCGCCCCGUCAAAAAAACCCCCCUGCCUCCCACUCCCAUCGUGAACCCACCGCCUCCGUCGAGAGGGAGCCCUCAGCCGCCUCAGGCUCCCACUCCCAAACUGUCACCGCCGUCUCCGAUUUAGAGCCAUGGCCGCUGCCACCACCAAGCCCCCCACCGCCUCCGAGUGUGAAGGCACCACCGCCUCCGCGACAGACGCCCCCGCCUCAAAGACGAAGCCCCCCGCCGCCCGCUCCAGUUGCACUGCUAGUUCCGCCGCCUCCGCCAAGCCCAAACCACACCGUGGUCAUCGUGGUGGUGGCCACCCUUGGCGGCCUCUUCCUCCUCGCGUUCCUUGCGGUGGCCGUGUUCUGUUUCCUGCAUAACAGAAAGAAGAAGAAGAAGAAGAAGGCGACGAGGGAAGGGCUGGCGGCGGACGUGGAGGGUCAUGUGGAUGGGCAGCAGUUACACGAAAGGUUCAAAAAGGAGGCGGCGUCCGACGUUGGUAAAACUUCACGCGGUUCCAGCCGUGCGAUCGGUUAG